AUGUCACGUUACCUCCCGUUAUCUUCUUCUUCUUCUGGAAUUAAACCUCCUUCCUAUUUCUCUCUCCUGAGCAGUAGACAGUUUACCCUUUUGUCAUUGAUUCCCAAUUUCAAGAACCCAAAUUUCUUCUGGAAUGCUGAUUUACCCUGCAAGAAGCACACAGUUGACAACAAUGGAAGCAAAAUUGGUUUCAAAGUAGGAGGUCUUGGUGUUGAUGCCUUUAGAAGAAUUUAUGGAGGGACUAAGAGAAACGAAAGUCGCCCACGCCAUUUCUGUAAGAGCAGUGGAUCUAUUGCUUGUCGCAUUCUCCAGCAAUUGCAGAAUGUCAACAUCAUUGAUAUUGAUUCUAGAGGUGGUUGGAAAAUCACAGCAAACAGCCAGCGGUAUACGGACCAAAUAGCUGGAAGGAUUGCGGUUGCCAUCUGA